GGCCUUUUGGAAGGUUGAAGCUCUGAGACUGAUAGGUUUCUGACAGUAUUUUCCACAUUCGAUGAAGCCUCACCCACAACCCCAGCACUGCGGAGCAGCAGAUGGACGGAGUAACAGGACAGAGCGGCGAUACAUGUCAGCAGGAUCCUGUAAAACACAAACGGGCACAUCGUGACACCCCAGCUGAUGAUGGCUGUCGGCACAGCUGUGAUUGGCUCUCUCCAGUUUGGCUACAACACUGGUGUAAUCAAUGCUCCUCAGAAUAUCAUCGAGAGCUUCUACAAUGAGACGUGGAGCAGCAGGUUUUCCGAGCCCAUCCCUCAGACAGCUUUAACAGCUCUGUGGUCACUCUCUGUCGCCAUCUUCUCUGUAGGAGGAAUGUUCGGCUCCUUCUCCGUCGGCCUCUUUGUCAACCGUUUCGGCAGGAGGAACUCCAUGCUCAUGGCCAAUGUGCUUGCCUUCAUUGCUGCUCUGUUUAUGGGCCUCUCCAAGCUGGCUGCCUCCUUUGAGAUGCUCAUCGUUGGACGUUUCAUAGUGGGUCUCUACUGCGGCCUCUCCACUGGCUUUGUGCCCAUGUACGUCGAGGAGAUCUCACCCACGUCUCUCCGCGGAGCAUUAGGAACUCUGCAUCAACUUGGUGUAGUGAUCGGCAUUCUCAUGGCACAGAUCUUUGGGAUUGAGUUCAUCAUGGGGAACGCCUCCCUGUGGCCCCUCCUGUUGGGUUUCACUCUGCUGCCGUCUGUGCUGCAGUGUGUCCUGCUGCCGCUCUGCCCCGAGAGCCCCCGAUACGUCCUCAUCAACUGCAACGAUGAGAGCAAAGCCCGCAGCAUCCUGGUGAAGCUGCGGGGCACUGACGAGGUGAGCGACGACAUGCAGGAGAUGAAGGAGGAGAGCCAGCAGAUGAUGAGGGAGAAGACGGUGACCAUCCCCGAGCUGUUCCGCUCCCCCGCGUACCGCCAGCCCAUCUUUGUUGCCAUCAUGCUGCAGCUCUCGCAGCAGCUGUCUGGAAUCAACGCUGUGUUUUACUACUCGACUGGGAUCUUUGAGCGAGCAGGAGUGUCCCAGCCUGUUUAUGCAACCAUCGGUGCAGGAGUGGUCAACACUGCCUUCACUGUGGUUUCUUUGUUUGUGGUCGAGCGAGUCGGCAGGAGACCCCUUCACCUCGUUGGUUUGAUGGGAAUGGCGGUUUCAGCAGUUUUCCUAACUGUUGCCAUGGCGUUGUUGGACCAGCUCAGUUGGAUGUCCUAUAUCAGCAUUGCGGCCAUCUUUAGUUUCGUGGCAUUUUUUGAAAUUGGCCCUGGCCCAAUCCCCUGGUUCAUCGUGGCGGAGCUCUUCAGCCAGGGGCCGCGGCCGUCUGCCAUCGCAGUUGCUGGUUUGUCCAAUUGGUCUGCCAACUUCUUGGUGGGAAUUGGCUUCCCGUAUGUGGAGCAACUCUGCGGUCCAUACGUCUUCAUCAUCUUCAUCGUCCUGCUGCUCGGCUUCUUCACCUUCACCUACUUCAAGGUUCCCGAGACUAAGGGCCGUACCUUCGAUGAGAUUUCAGCGGGCUUCCGCAAGUCAGCUGGUCAUGGUGCUGACAAGUACUCUGCCCCUGAAGAGUUCAACACCCUAAGGGGGGAUGACCCCGACCUUUGAAAGCUACUGUACAUGCAUGCACACACUUGCGUGCAGCAAAGUUACCCUGUUACACUUUUAGGAUACUACUACUUAGGGAACACUUUUAGGACGCUACUACCGUGUUUGUAUCGGCCAGAAUUACCUAAGAGGUUUAGUCAGACUGUAACAAAGAUGAAUGACCUGACUGAGGAUAUUAGGGCUGCAACUAACGAUUAUUUUUAAUUGUAUCGAUCAGUUGUUUGGU